CUCAUUUGGCGAAAUGGGAGGAACGCCUACAAUACUUACGGGGAGAACGUAAACACUACAUACAGAGUACGACCCCUGGUUCAUCGAAGCUUCACCUCUAACUAUUGCUCCGCCUAUAUAACGAACACGUUUCAGUAUGUAGUAUUCAGUGUUUUCUCAAUCAUUGAAUAUAAAAACGACCCCUGAGGUAUUUCAACAAGUAACGGGACUUUUAUUUUGAUAGGUUAAAGGUAGAUUUAGGAACGGAAGUGUUGUUUUUUUUCUCCAGUUGCUCCUGGUUGCAGGCUUCAUGCAUCCUGGCGCGGAUACAGAACUUGGAAAUCAAUUGGAAAGCUGCUGCUGUCGGACUGGCCAGUGAUAAAGAGGAGCGGAUCGGAGAGCGACUGAGAGAGACAAAAGAGGAGGCUACUUUUAACAUCAAUAUCUCCUUACAUGAAGCAGCCAGCCAGGAUGUACCAGGCUAAGCAUGAGACUUUGGAGAAGAUAUUUAAAUGUGAAGAGACAAUCUCUGAGGAGGGGACUAAUGAUGUGGAAAAGGUGAAUCCCAUGCUUUUCACGUACAAUGUAGAUAAAAGAAGUGUGCGUAUUAAGCAGGAGGACUGUGCAUGGGAGUUUGGCUUUACAGAAGACUCUGAGCAGAAGUUUGACUGCAGUGAUUCACAAAAACAUGAAAUUCUUCAUGGUGUCAAGGUAGAGGACCUUAAAACGGAGUCGGUCGCUCAGUACAAAGAAGUUGCCGGAUUAGACUCCUCCUCAAGUGCACCCUGCUUCCUGCAGGACCAUUUCGUCCAUGUUAAGCUGGAACCACUGGAAUCGGACAUCAAGAGUACUGAGAAAGGGCCAUGUCUGAAACAUUCUGAUGAAGCUUUACAGGACAUCUUCUCAUCACCUUUGUUUGUACAGCCCCUUCUUCCAUGCACUUUACACCAUAAGCAACAUGAUGGAAAUCUGGAGAAACUGUCCUGUACAUCAGAGACUUGUGUGCCAGCAUCCUUACAAAGCAGUUCUUCGACUGUGAUGAAACUAAGCUUGGAUGCUAUCAAAACUCAAAAGGGACAGAAUACAGACAGAUUGCGAUUACAAUGCAAAUCAAAUUAUAAAGAUCAUCAGCGGACUCACAGGACACAGAAGUCACAUUUCUGUACUGAAUGUGGCAAACGAUUCUUGCACAAAAAUAGUCUCCUGAUACAUACAAGAGUUCACACUGGAGAGAGGCCAUACUGUUGUUCUCACUGCGGCAAACGGUUCUCUGACAAAAGCAGUCUUCGGAAACACAUUAAAAUUCACACUGGAGAGAAGCCUUAUUGCUGUUCAGAGUGUGGAAAACGAUUUUCACGAAUAAGCCAUCUUCAGUGCCACACAAGCACUCACACAGGGGAGAAACCAUACUGCUGUUCUGAAUGUGGUAAACGAUUCUCUGACAGAAGUAGCCUUCAGAGACACACAAGUAUUCAUACGGGAGAGAAAAUGUUUUGCUGUCCUCAAUGUGGGAAGCGCUUCUCUGUCAAGAGCAGCCUUAGGAAACAUAUUAAAAUCCAUACUGGAGAAAAGCCGUAUGGAUGUUCUGAAUGUGGCAAACAAUUCUCUGACAGCAGCCAUCUUCAGACCCACAUAAGAAUUCACACUGGGGAGAAACCAUAUAGCUGUUCUCAAUGUGGCAAGCAGUUCUCUGAUAAUAGCAGUCUUCAGAGCCAUACAAGAGUUCACAAUGGAGAGAAGCCAUACUGCUGUUCUGAAUGUGGCAAGCAGUUCUCAAAAAUAAGCAACCUUUAUACUCAUAAAAGGAUUCACACUGGAGAGAAGCCAUACUGCUGCUCUGAGUGUGGAAAACUAUUCUCUCACAGCAACAGUCUUCAGAAACAUAAAAGGACUCACACUGGAGAGAAGCCAUAUUGCUGCUCUGAAUGUGGCAGACAGUUUUCACUCAGCAGCAGCCUUCAGAGCCACAUGAGAAUUCACACAGGGGAGAAACCAUUUUGCUGUCCUGAAUGUGGUAAACAGUUCUCUCAUGGCAGCAGUUUUCGAAAGCACACAAGAAUUCACACUGGAGAGAAGUUGUACUGCUGUUGUGAAUGCGGCAGUCGAUUUUCACAAUUAAGCCAUCUUCAGAGACAUGCGAGAAUUCACACUGGAGAGAAGCCCUACUGCUGCCCUGAAUGUGGCAAACGAUUUUCUGACAGUAGCAGCCUUAAGAGCCACAAUAGGAUUCACACUGGAGAAAACAAACGUAAAAAGAAGAAAGGGAGCAACUUACAGGUGGCCAUGUAGGCCUUUGAAAGGAUAAAAAAUAAACACAAGCAGUGUAAGUCAAAGAAUAAAACCCAUUGUUCUUUGUGAGAAUGGAUACAUACAAUAAACGAUCAUCAUACAAUUGUAUUGAUCUUUAACAAAUCAAUAGCAUGGUUAGAAAGUAUGUAACAACUAAUUUGAAGCAGAAAUAUUCUGGAGAAAAAGGAGAAUCCCCACGAGCCUAAAGCAAGUAACCAAACCUGGAGAAUCUUGGAACAUAUGCAAAUCAUUGGAAUGGAGAAGCCGAUGAUACCAGUCACGUAAAUCGAUCUGUAACUCGGAAUUGCUGCUAAUUGGAAAUCUCCAGGGCUAGACACUGUUGCUGAUUUGGUUAAGACGAUGAGAUAGAGUGAGAGAGAGGGGAGAGAAAAAAGAUCAAUAACAGUGGAUAAGUAUAAGAACAAGCGAAAAUAUUAAAAGAAUCACCUCCCCGUAGUUAUCGGUCCUUCUAAGAUAAGCUAGUCAAAGCUUUAGAAGCACAGACCCUGAGACUACAACAGAAAAGUCACACAGCCCCCAAAAGAGGCUUUAAAAAAGAAGCAUAUAUGGCACAAAAAAGAAACCUCUGCUAACCAGUCAUUGUGGAUUUCUGAAAGAAAGGCAGACCGCUAUGUCUUGCAGGGUUUCAAUUAAAAAAAGUUUUCAGUAACCUUACCUGUUCUUCAUAGGAGAAGACUACUGUGUGGUGAUGAGCUGACAUUCAAAGCACAAUGGCACACAGCAGGCGUAGGCUGGACUGCACCACUGAAGUCAUCAGAACAGCAGCUCUACAGUACAAGCAAAGAUGCAAGACAUGUAGAAUAGGAUGUUUAUGAUAACGCCAGGACUGAUUUAUGUUCCUGUCAUUAUUACUAGAUACAGAAUAUAAAUUAAAGCUAGUUUUAAGCUAUGUUUUUUUAUUGAAUAGCAAUAUGAUUUAAGUUGUUAGACUUGUGAUUUGAAUAUUUUCUCCCUUGUGCUUUUUUAUGUAACCUUGCCUUAAGAAAAUGAUUAAAUUUAGAUAAAUGAG